GGGAUCGCGGUUUUUUUGGGUGGAAAAAGGGGAUUUUUUUUUUUUUUUUUUCCCUCCCGCUGAACCUGCCAGCAGCAGGCAGUGCCUGUGCCCGAACGCGUCUCGCUCUGAAGGAGCGGGGAAGGAGCUGGGAAGGACGGCGGCCGCGCUGGCACCGCGCUCCCGUGCGCUGCCCGCGGGAGGUGCGAUGAGUGUGCCGGCCUCAGCCUGGGUGCUUUGUGCCGGGGGGGGGCAGCUGGGCUCUGCUUUGGGCUUGGGGGGGUCCCGGCGAGGUGCUGGGGAAGGGGACGUGUGAGGGUGGCCACCGGGUGCUGAGCCGGGGGGGUCCCCACGGAGGCGAUGCCGGCGACGGUCCCUCUGCAAAGCGCCGCUGGGCACCAGCGGGCGGCCGGCUGCUGCCGGGGGUCUGCAGGGCUGCCCCCCGCGGGGCGUUGCACCGAGGGGACAGUCCUUGGGGCGGCUGGGGACGCGUGUCCAGCCCGGCCCCGGCGAGGCAGCUUGCCUUACAAGGAGUUUGGCUGGGGCCCGAGCGGUGGGAGCAGCGCUCGCCUCCGCCUGCCUCAUUCAUUGGGAGCGCGGGCGGUGCAGGGGCCGCUGCUCCCCCCGGCCCCGCCGUGGCCUCCGCGCACCCGGCGAGCUCCAGCCUCGGAGUCACAGGACCCAGGAUGUCCUCGAUGUUUGGCAAGCCCCGGGCUGGAGCCGAGCGGCCGCCCCAGAGCCCCCUCGCCGAGUGCAACGUGGCCAUCCUGGGGUGCCGAGGGGCCGGCAAGUCAGCCCUGACGGUGAAGUUUCUGACCAAGAGGUUCAUCAGCGAGUAUGAUCCCAACCUGGAGGACACCUACACCUCGGAGGAGCUGGUGGACCAGCAGCCCGUGCUGCUGAAGGUGAUGGACACUGCCGACCAGGACGGCCCCGGGAACUGCGAGCGCUACCUGCGCUGGGCCAACGCCUUCCUCGUGGUGUACAGCAUCGAUGACAGGGAGAGCUUUGAGGGCUGCCGCCGCUACCUCGACGUCCUCGCCCGGCACGCGCGGGGCUGCCAGCACGAGAGCCCCGUGCUCCUGCUGGGCAACAAGCUGGACAUGGAGCAGUACAGGCAGGUGACCAAAGCCGAAGGGAUGUCCCUGGCCAGCAAGUUCGGGUGCCUUUUCUACGAGGUGUCGGCGUGCCAGGACUUCGCGGCGGUGCAGCACGUCUUCCACGAGGCGGUGCGGGAGGUGCGGCGCGAGGCGGAGCGCAGCCUGCCCCUCCGGCCCCUCUUCAUCGCCGAGGAGCGGCCCUGCCUGCACGUGGCCACCCCAGCCACCUUGGCCACCCGGCAAGGGCUGGCCAGCUGCACCCUCAACACCCUCUCCACCGUCAACUACAAGGAGAUCCCCUCGGUGGCCCAGGCCAAGCUGGUCACCGUCAAGUCCUCGCGGGCUCAGAGCAAGAGGAAAGCGCCCACGCUCACCUUGCUGAAAGGCUUCAAGAUAUUUUAAGGCACGUCCCCGCGCAAGGGAGCAGCGAGAGAUCCCCGUCCCCCGGCUCCGCGAGGGGCUGGGAGCAGCGGGAUCGGGGACCUCGUCCCGUAGACACGUGCACAGCCCUGUCUGGGCGAUGCAUCUGCGGAUUUGGGCACCUCCUGGGACCAAGAAGCAUCACCAGGAGGGUGAGGGCUGUCCCCAGGGGCCGUGCGCUGGAUGGAGUCCGUCAGGCAGAGAUGGGGAGCCCAGGAAGGGUGAAUGAACCCCCAGGCACAGAGGAGCCCGUGUCGUUCACCUGACAGGUCCCCUUGCCGAGCAAUAAGAGGGAUUUCUUUUUUAAUCUGAAGGAGAAAGUGGCGGGUAACGUUACAGCCGACCAAAGGCCUCAGGUGUCCUAAAAUCGAUCCCCACGCAUUGAAAUAAGUCAUACCAAAAUAGCUUUUUUUUUUUUUUUUUUAACCAACUUUUAUACGACUGUUCCUUUUCAAAGGCUUUGCACGGAGAGAUGCUUCACUGACCAGGACACAUUCCUAAAAGCUUUAGUUUAAAGGACUGAUGUGAUGUACUUCCCAAAUGUCUUAAAUUAUUUCAUGGCCUCUGUGUGUGCCCUGGGAAGGGUGUGAAGAGAAUCCUAACACAGAGCACCCACCGUGUGCCGUGACCAGGCUCUACCUGUGCCCAAGCCAAGGGCUGUGUGUUCGAGCUCAGCUGCUGUACCAGGACAAAUGGUCUGCUUCUCCCUGGAGUUGCACAGAUCUGCAGAGUGAAACACCCCCGUGUACAUUUGUACGUAUAUACAUAUGACUUCAGUGAUAUAGAGAGAGAUUCGAUAGGGGAUUUCGAUCGACUUUGGAAAAUAUUUUAAUAAAGAUGACUUUUGGAAAGAGCAAA